UUUUGGGCUCCCAAUUUUGGGCUCCCAAUUUUGGGGUCCCAGCCACACCAUGACCCCCCUGCUCCCCCCAAUUUUGGGCUCCCAGUCCCCCGAACCGCCCCCCCGCCCCCGUCCCAGCAUGGACACGUCGGAGCCGGGCAGCGCGGCCGAGGAUGAGGAGGAGAAGGCGCCGGAGCCGCGGCCCCGGACCCGCUCGAACCCCGAGGGUGCCGAGGACCGGGGGGCUCUGGGUGCCCGGGGGGCUCUGGGUGCCCAGGGGGCCGUGGGCAACCGCAGCGAGGGCGAGGGCGAGGCGGCGAGCGCUGAGCACAGCCCCCGGCUCGCCACGGCCGGCCACCAGGCCCCGCCCUGGGCUGGCCCCGGCGCCGCCCCCCCCGCCGAGGUGCAGGUGAAAACGCCGCGGGUGAACUGCCCCGAGAAGGUGAUCAUCUGCCUGGACCUGGCCGAGGAGAUGGCGCUGCCCAAACUGGAGUCCUUCAACGGGAGGGACUUGAACAGAAAUGGAGGGAUUCCCAAGGGCAAAGCAGAGCUGCCUUUUUCACGUCCAGCACCAUCCCCUGCCCUCCUCCCUCACCGUGGCCACCUCCCUUUGUCCCCUGGCCAGGACAUGUUCGGCUUUUUCGGCAGCCUGGACACCAAAGGCACCAACUACAAGUACGAGGUGCCGCUGGCAGGGCCCGCGCUGGAGCUGCACAACUGCAUGGCCAAGCUGCUGGCGCAUCCCCUGCAGCGGCCCUGCCAGAGCCACGCCGCCUACGGGCUGCUGGACGGCGCCGACAGCCCCGACAGCGAGGCCACCGUGUGAGGGGCCAGCGCUAGCCCAGCCCCGCUGGCCAGCCGAGGCUGCCCGGGGACGCGGAGGGGACGGGGAGAGAGAGAGAGAGAGGGAGGAGAUGGGGGGGGCGGGGGGUGGGGGGGGGGUUGGGGUCAGUGCUUGUGGUCCUGGGUCACCUCUUGUGGUCCUGGGUCACCUCUUGUGGUCAUUUGUUUCCUCUCGUGGCCCUUUGUCGCUUCUGCUGGUCCUUUGUCACCUCUCGUGGCCCUGUGUCCCCUCUUGUGGUCAUUUGUCCCCUCUCGUGGCCCUUUGUCACCUCUCCUGGCCCUGUGUCCCCUCUCGUGGCCCUUUGUCACCUCUCGUGGUCCUUUGUCACCUCUCCUGGCCCUGUGUCACCUCUCGUGGCCCUUUGUCACCUCUCCUGGCCCUGUGUCAUCUCUUGUGGCCCUGUGUCAUCUCUCCUUGUCCUGUGUCCCCUCUCGUGGUCUUUUGUCCCCCUCUCCCUGCCCUGUGUCCCCUUUCCUGGCCCUGUGUCCCCUCUCGUGGUCCUUUGUCCCCUCUCGUGGUCCUUUGUCACCUCUGCUGGCCCUGUGUCCCCUCUCGUGGUCCUUUGUCACCUCUCGUGGUCCUUUGUCACCUCUGCUGGCCCUGUGUCCCCUCUCGUGGCCCUGUGUCCCCUCUCGUGGUCCUUUGUCCCCUCUCGUGGUCCUUUGUCACCUCUCCUGGCCCUGUGUCAUCUCUUGUGGCCCUGUGUCCCCUCUCCUGGCCCUGUGUCACCUCUCCUGGUCCUUUGUC